UAACUAAAUAAGUUCAGUGUAUUUCAUCUAAAUUAUUCGUUAUUUCGUUGAUAAUAAAAAGGUUUUUCCCAGUGCAAAUACAUUGCACAAUCUGCAGACUUUUCCGCAUUAUUUUUUCCAGCGUCCGAAUUAAUUUCGUGGAAAAUGUUCGCAAAUCGCGUUAAAGUCCAGAAUCGGCACAUACUUUUGCUCAUCUCUUUCGAAACGCGUUUUUCCCUCAGGGAAAGACGCAUCCCUCUCCACCGUCGGGCGUGGCGUCAUCGUCGCGUGGCAAUGUGAGGUUCAACGGCUGCCCGGGAAAAACAGUCUGAUACGGCCGGUCCCCGGUGUUUCUUUCAAUCAAUCAGAAAAACAUCGCGGCAGCGCGUGCACGCGGCCAAUUCACGGCCGGGACCGAGGCUUAUCGCCUCCUCGCCGUCGCUCUUACCUCGCGUUUCUCUGUCUUCCCCACCCUAGUUAAACGCGCGAGACGAGCACGACAUGCAGAUAUAAAAGCGAACUUAACGGGGGUGUCGAAUCCAGUCGCUCGCGACACGUGUGUCCCUUGACUUCGGCGAGGACGACGAGGAAGGAGAAGGAGGAGGUUUAAUCCUUCGCGUCCCUCGUAGGGCGAAAGGACGACCUCGAGCACAGAGGGAUAGCCAAGAGCCACCGUCGUUUCUUCUAUUUCAGCUCCGGAUUUCAACGACUAUCCCGAGGAUAAUUAACACCCCUCACAAAGAUGAUCUCUGCGUGGAAAGCGUGCUGCGGCCGAUUAGCGCAACGAUGGAUAUUCGCUAUCAUGGGAUUUUUGGCGAUCCUGAAUGCCUAUACCAUGAGAAUCUGUCUCUCGAUCACUAUUACAGAGAUGGCGAUUCCAAUAGAGCAUAAUUACACAGUCGAUCACACUUGUCCUGCGGAACCAUCAAUUAAAAACGAGACUAAGGUGGAUCCCAAUCGAUACGACUGGGAUGAACGUACACAGGGUCUUAUUCUCUCGUCCUUUUACUGGGGUUACGUCAUCACGCAUCUGCCGGGCGGGAUGCUAUCUGAAAGAUUCGGUGGCAAGUACACCCUCGGUGUCGGCAUCCUCUCGACAGCAAUAUUCACCUUGCUGACACCGGUAGUGGUUAAAUGGGGUGAGGCAACCGGUCUGAUCGUGUUGAGGAUUCUCAUGGGUCUUGGCGAGGGCACGACCUUCCCGGCGUUAAACGCCAUGUUGGCGCAGUGGACACCGCCGGAAGAGAGGUCGGUGAUCGGCUCGCUAGUGUUCGCCGGAGCCCAGCUGGGCACAGUGUUCGCCAACGUGGUGUCCGGCUUAAUCCUGCACGAUUUCGAAUGGCCCACGGUCUUCUAUGUAUUCGGCGGCAUCGGUGUGCUGUGGUUCGUCGUGUUUGUCCUAAUCUGCUACAACAAUCCGGACGAGCAUCCGUUCAUCUCCAAUCGUGAGCGCAAGUACCUGCACGAGCGUAUGAACGAGCACACUCACAAGACACCACCGCCCGUGCCCUGGCGACACAUGCUGCGCUCGGCACCCGUCUGGGCCUUGAUCACCGCCCAGAUCGGCCACGACUGGGGUUUCUUCACUCUGGUCACCGAUCUGCCCAAGUACAUGAGCAGCGUGCUUAAAUACACCAUCAAGAGCAACGGGUUUGUCUCAGCGUUGCCCUAUCUCGUCAUGUGGUUCAGCAGCUUAGGGUCGUCCUAUCUGGCUGACUGGAUGAUCACCAAGGGCGUUAUGUCGCGCACCAACGUGAGGAAACUCGGCACCACGAUCGCCUCUAUAGGCCCGGGCGUCUUCAUCAUUGCCGCCUCGUACUCCAAAUGCGACCGAACGCUAGUGGUAACCAUGUUCACCAUCGGCAUGGCUCUGAUGGGUACUUUCUACCCUGGAAUGAAAGUCAACGGGUUAGAUCUCAGCCCCAAUUAUUCCGGCACCUUGAUGGCACUGGUGAAUGGAAUUGGCGCCUUUACCGGUAUCAUCACACCGUACAUUGUCGGCGAGUUGGCGCAUCAGCAAACGCUCAUGCAGUGGCGAACCGUCUUCUGGAUCGUGCUGGGCGUCUUCAUCGUGACGAACAUAAUCUUCGUCAUAUACGCUAGCGGCGAGGUUGAAUACUGGAACGAUCCCGAUUUCGUUAUACGAGAUCGGGAGGAGAGGAAGCUCAAGAAGAAGGACGAGAUGGCGGAGACAAGGGCGGAAUCGAUAGCGGAAAAAUCAUGAGAUUGCACGUGACACGGGCUUUUCCUCUUCGUGAUGUCCGAGAGAGUGUACUGGGCUCUCGAAAAAAACGGAAAAACAGCCCGGACUUGUUAACGAUCUCACGGUCAUCCCGAGACGUCGUUCUGACUCGCACUCUCGAGGUCUUCCACUUGUCGUUUUGUCGCGAACUUUUAACGAAGAUCUCGUAUCCACAUGAAGGAGAGAUGCCCGAGAAAAACACGCUUUGACAAUUAUCACGCAUAGUUAUUCAAUAAUAUUAUAAUUUAUGUGUGAUAUCGAAAUGCAUUUCACGUCAAUCCGCGUUAUCGCGAGCGCUCAAUGCACCGAUGGUAUAUAAGCAAGUGAGCCAUUUCGUCCUCUUGAAAAAGGAAAUAGUUAAUUAACCUUUGAUUGCCAUUGUGAGUCCAAUAAACACAUACAUCAACUUUAGCAAUGCAUAUUUAAAAAAAUUUUUAGCCGCUAAGUUAGCUGAGUUUUAAUUUUGAAACAACGUUGAUAUCUUAGAAACGUUAAUGUUUAUUCACAAAUUUUUUCGUUUCAAUAUUACUGCUGGUUUAAAAACUGCAUCCCAUUUCGAAAGCUGUAACUGGACAACGAUGCGACUGGGCAGAGAUGUGACAACCGAGGGUUAAAGUUGAUAGCGAUUGUAUAUAUUGCGUAGGGAUUAAGUUUAAAAAGUAUGUAAUAUAAAUUUAAUUUAACUAGAAUAAAAUUGCGUAUUUGUCACAAUUUUUAAUAAGAGACCUAAUUAUUUCUAACGUUUGAAGUAAUCGGGUUCUCUUUUGGGGCAGAGAAUUCGAUUUCACGAAUUUACUUGUGAAAAAACAAUCAAUUAUAUUGACGAGUUAUCGAAUCAUCCAAAAUACAAAUGUGGAACUUUCGCUCGAUUUGUUUACGAUAAAUAUGCAAAUAUAUGUCUUUUGAAAAUGAUUUCCUAUCGCACAGAAUUCGUAAAAUAUUCCGCGUCGUCGAGUAAACAAUGUCAAUAGAAUUCGAUCAGAAGUCGUCGACGGUUAGAAACCGUAUAUUUUACUUAAUCUCUCUUCACGAUAACUAUAUUGUUACGCGUCCCGUCUAAUUACACACGUGUUCGAAUUCCAUUUGCCACGUAGCAAUACCGUAAUUUUACAAUAUCGACAUUUUUAAUUGCUGUCGCUCAAAAAUUUCGAGAGCGUGCCAUGUAAAUCUCCGGCGAUUGCACCUGUAAACGCUGAAUUCAGUUGCGUGCCUUAUCGACGAACGGAGCGACAAUGUGCGUGUUCGCCAAUGAAUUUUGAGGCACAAGACGAUGCUUCUCCUCGCACCGGUCGCUUAGCGCGCGCGAUUUGCUACGUUCAUACACAUCGCAAAUAUCGCAAAAAUAUUUGAUGAGUUUUGCCCACCGACUUUUUUGCUUGCUUCUUAUCUUGCGUUUAUUUGCAAGGGUAACGAGCGCGUAUGUAUGUCUUGUAGAGAUAUUGACAGAUACGCGACGCGGUAGCUUAUGUAAAUCGCUAAUUUAGUUUUUGUCACGUCAUGUCGACCUAAUUAAUUCAUCGAUAAUCCACAUCGCAUUCCGAGAACCUGCUCCGCGAAAUCCAGAUCGAUUCAACUAUUCUCACUCUUUUUCACUCCCAUCACCCUUUGAUCGCUUUACGUCAGGGUUUGACUAAUUUUUUUCCCGUGAAGGAGAGUAGGUAGAUGGAAGGUAGAGGAUAAUUGUAAGCUUUACAGACCAGAAGACAAAAUUGAGGACAUUGUGUACAAGAUGUGCCAUAAGUACGUUUUAAAAUUUCGCGAGCGUGUGCGAGACAAAGAGGAAGGACAAAUGUUCCUCAACAUUAGACUGAAGAAUGCUCCAUUGUCAAAAGAAUAAAAGUGACAAUACAGUGUUUAUUUAAUAAUGUUCCUACAAGUGUUCUUCAUUGUUAACUGGUGUUUCAUAUAUAAUCUUCAAAACUAAUUAUCUGUCAAAAAAGAUAAAGAAUCUGAUCUCAGCCAUCAUUUCAAAUCUGUUUAUCUCCAUUAUUUCAUGAAGCAUCUUCGACCUAAUGUUCGUACAAACAUUUGUUCCCUUUUCCUAUCUAAAAACACGCUCACAAAAUUUUGAAACGUAUGACUCACCCUGUAUAACAGAAGAGAAAAUAAAUUUUUGGAUAAAAUUGUAAA